AUGGGGACACUCUCUGUCUUCCUGGAUGUCCCCUUAGUUAAAAAGGCUGACAUUCCCCUGGACUACUAUGGAGAAGAUCCGCAUCCCCAGAAGGUGUUGCUUGGCCAUGCAGGUUGCCAGACUGAUGCCGGAGAAGCUUGGAUCCCACCUGUGGUGCAACGGAUUUUACUCCAAAUCUCCCAGGAUCCAACGUUGAAUCACGAAUACCUCCCAGAGCUUGGGAUUUAUGAGUAUACUAGAGCAGCUACUGAGCUGGCAAUUGGCAAGGAGAGCCGUGCUCUCUUAGAAAACAGGGCUGGGGGUGUUCACACAAUCGGCGGGACAGGGGCUCUUUGGAUUGGAGCCGAAUUCCUGUGCCGUUGGUACAAGCCCAGGUUCUCAACUCCAACUGCUCUCUACAUUGCCAAGCCACAACUGGACAGUCUCGGGUGUAUAUUCCAAGUUGCUGGCUUUACAGACAUUCGUCCUUACCACUAUUGGAAACCAGUGUCCCUUACCUUGAAAACCCUAUGGGGACACCAUAAGUUGGCUAAUGCACCAACAGGCUCCAUUGUCUUCCUGCAUGCUCCAGAAGAAAUUGGCCUGAAGCCCAAGGAGUGGGAGGCAGUUGCAGCAACCAUGGAGAAAAAACAGCUCUUCCCCUUUUUCAACAUUGAAAGUCAAGGCCUGGCUUCGGGAAAUCUGGACAGAGAUGCCUGGGCCUUGCAGCACUUCGUGGGGCAAGGCUUUGAACUUCUGUGUGCCCAGUCCUUUUCCAGAACAUUUGGCUUAUAUGAUGAGCUGGCGGGGAAUCUUAUUGUGGUGACCAAAAACAAUGAGACGCUGAUCAGAAUCCAGUCCCAACUGGGCAGGCAAAUAUGCACAACGUGGUGGUGCCCCUCGAGCUUGGGGGCCCGGGUCAUUGGAACAGUGCUGAAUAGCCCUGCUCUGCUGUACGAGUGGAAACUGAGUCUCCGGAUGGUGGUAGAGAGGAUCAUGCUGAUCAGGGAGAAACUAAAAGAGAAGCUGCGGAUCCUGGGGACACCCGGCUCCUGGGAGCAUCUCACAGCCCAGUCGGGAAUGUGUAGCUUCAUUGGGCUCCAGUCUUCCCAGGUGGAGUUCCUAGCGAAGCACAAACACAUCUACCUCUUUGAAAACCAGCAGAUCAACAUCUGCAGCAUUAACUCAAAGAAUCUGGACUACGUCGCACAGAGCAUCCACGAAGCAGUGUUAGCCACCUCUCUUGGGGACUACAAUUUGGACUUGGAAGGUGUUGACAGGAGCUGA